AUGGCGGACCAAAAUGGCGGACGAAUGUCUGAAACUGAAAUGAACACUGAUGCCUCGUUUGCAGGGGGUUUCUUGAACUUAUCCUCCAGUGCUCUCAGCCCUGGUCUCAGGAACACGAGGGGCUCUGCCCUGAAGCCUGCGGGCGGUGGCCGCAGUACUGCUACUACGCGAUCGCUGCACAAAAUGGCGUCCCGCACCUGCCAGCUUCCACCCUACCCUCGCAUCGGGAGCUACAGCAUCGUAGCCAUCGAGCUCCGCGCCGACUUAGCCGACUUUACCCUCCUCUACUCUUGCCCGUCUGGCUACAGUCUCAACGGGCAGCAUCCUCGCUGCGUGGGCGGCAGAUGGACUUCUGAUGACUUCCCGAGCUGCAAGCUAGACUCUAAAUGUGCGAUGCCCUCGCACCCAAGCGUAACCUACAACUGCAUGGAAUCACCGAUAUGUCCAAACUUCGUGUCGAGCGGACAGCGAGUCCUACCUAAAUGUAAAGCAGGUUUCGUGCAGGACGCGCUGCGGGCCAUGCAUUGUAUAGAUGGCAGUUGGGAUUAUAUCGCUACUUGUCGAAUAGAAUGUGGAACGCUACCGCCCCAGGGAAUGCGACUACGAAGAAGUGUGAGUGGGGCCAGAGAGGUGCCUUGGCACGCCAGCGUGUACGACAAGACUGUGACCCCCUACAGGCAGUUAUGCGGAGGCACGCUUGUCUCCGCCACCGUCGUUAUAUCAGCGGCGCAUUGCUUCUGGCGCGACUCUACAUUAGUUAAGCCGACCUCGUACGCCGUGGCUGUCAAGGUCUAUCGGCCGUGGUGGGAUGACCAUGGUGAUGGACAGAAGACAGAUAUCAGCAGCAUAAAGGUCUCGCCGUACUUCCGCGGCGCCGAAAACCAUUUCCAGAGCGACAUCGCGCUGGUGACGUUGAAGACUGCGGUGACGUUCACUUACCACGUGCGUCCGGCCUGCGUGGACUUGAGCGUGACGUUCGAUGAGGAACAGCUGCGGCCAGGAAACAUUGGCAAGACUAGAAAUCCUCUAGACGGAGUUUAG